CAUUAGCAGUUUGCCAGAAGUGGUUUAUGAGCCAUUAGACCUAUAAUGAGAAUUAAAAAGCUGAAUAAGUGUUCUAGACAGGCCUGGAUACCCCAAAUGGGGAAGCUUUUCCAUCUUAAUAAAGCUACCAGAGUAACUAGAACCAUGUGUCUGAACUGCCACCCACAUCAGCACAUCCCAUCAUCUUUCAUUCAUGUCUGCAGAUUUUCACUCAGAAAUAACCACAUACAUUUCCAAAUGCAAUGAGUAUUUUCUUUCUCUCUCUUGAUGUGGCGACUAUGAAUCCAGAAGAUUUCUUUACAUGAAGCGGCCGUGUCACAUGAUCAUUGAAACUGUUUAUAAAAUAUGCUUUGUAUUAUUAAAGCCCCAAUAGUUCAAUCUCUUACUUGACCACAGGGCUGUAAUCCCUAAACAUUUUAUUUCUCACAAAUUUGUCAGCCACAAUGAACUGGCAUCUUUCCUUUGUAAACCCCACACUAAUUAAAUGCACACGGGUCUCGUCAGACUUCAUUGGCGCCCAAGACCACAUCUCUAGGGCUCUACUGUAUCAGAUAAUAUUUAUGCUUAUAAAGUUGGACAAGCUACAAACGUUUAGUCUCCGUCCUUUGGAUGAUCCCUCUUUCUCCCUCCCCAUCUCCCAGCCUCCCUAUUUCUAAUUGGCUUCCAAUAGCUUCCCAUUUCCUCUGAAGACUAGGAGUGCUCAUUUUUCCCCAGACGCCUUGGACAACAAAAGAAAAGAGGAGUUUCACUGCUCGUUUCUCUUUCGCCUGCUCAAGACUGUCAAUCCAGUGAAGCCUCAAAAAACGUAAAUGACUGAGCAAUGACAUCUCUGCAGACAUGGCCUCUUUCAUUGCUGCUUGUUAUUGCAGUACAUUGUUCCAACUCGCUUGAAGACAACAAGAUCCCCAGUUUUUGCACAGGAAGCCCAGGUAUCCCAGGAUCCCCUGGGUUGCAUGGCAGCCCUGGUCAGCCCGGCAGGGAUGGACGAGACGGUCGUGAUGCUCAACCCGGAGAGAAAGGGGAAACAGGGGAAAGAGGAGAACCAGGUCAGCCGGGUGUGAGGGGCCUUACAGGAGACCGAGGGGAUCCAGGAGGAAAGGGAGAGAGAGGAAGCCCGGGUGAGUGUGCGGUGGCCCCCAAAUCAGCUUUUAGCGCCAAACUGUCUGAGUCCCGCACAAGCCCACUGGUGGUAGGGGACGCGGUGCGCUUCGACAAAAUCAUUUUGAAUGAGCAGGGGGAUUACAAUCCCGAAACGGGACGAUUCACCUGCAGAGUGCCAGGCGUUUACUACUUCACCGUUCACGCCACAGUCUACCGCUCCAGCUUGCAGUUUGACCUUAUAAAGAAUGGACACACCAUGGCCUCCUACUUUCAGAUCUUUGGUAACUGGUCCAAACCAGCCUCUCUGUCUGGAGGGACACUAGCACACUUGAUUCCAGGAGAUCAGGUGUGGGUACAGAUGGCCCUGGGCGAGUACACUGGCUUUUACUCCAGCCCGAAGACAGACAGCACUUUCACUGGUUUCCUAGUGUACUCAGACUGGAAAAACUCUGCUGUUUUUGCAUAGAUUUAAAGUACACUGCAACUAACUUUCUCUCGGUCUAAUAAAGGUUUCAUGAAUUAGAAAAAUAUUUGAAUGGGUAAGACAAAGGUCUUUGAUUAGCCUUGAUUUGCAAUAAUUUCAUUAGAAUCGAAUAUGAUCAGCACUGCACAGAUGAUUACGUUCUAAGCACAUGUAGUCAUACAGAAUAAAAUUACUGGAGUAUUUCCAUGCAAAGAAUUCAAGUAUGAAAGUCAUUAAUGAAACACAUUACUACUUUGGAAAUAUGGAAUAAAAAAAAUUAAAAUACAGAAAAAGAAAACCUGCUGUUUUUACAGAAAAUGUUUAUUCUGGUGGCAGUCUAUAUUUUGUGAAAAAGCACAAUAAAUACUUUCCAACACUUCUGUGGAAUAUGACUUCAAUAAAAAAAAAUUACACUCAUAAUUGCCUAAACUGUCAGUAAAUGUUACAAGGAAAAGUCAUUUCUUCUGCUGGGAAACUGGGAACUUUGGUUUCAGGUUUUAUGGUGGAUUUAGAGCAAUACUUCAUCUUUAACAGGAAAUGCUUUAUUUAUUCACUCUCAAGUUGUUCCAAAUCUGUAAACUAUAACUAUUAAGAUUAAGUUAACUAUAUUAGCAUAUCAUCAAUACACAAUAAUGUCUGUUUACUCUGAGCACAUGCAGCCAGUUAGUUCAUCUACUCUGCUUUGCAUGCUCAAGCUCUCUAAAGUUGCGUGGAUUCUGAUUGGAUGUCAAUGUUUUCAUCAGUCAUCACCUGCAAAAAAACGUUUUGAAAGUGAUUCCAACAAUAUCGUUCCUAUGUACCAUUUUAGUUGUGGUGAAGACUCAGCUAUUGUUUAAAAUUUUGAAUGGUUUUGGAAACUAUAUCUUGGUGUGAAUGGGAUUUUACUGUUGUUCCUUCUGUGGAACACGUGGAGAAUUUUUGAAGAAUGUACAGGUCACUCUUUUCAUUACAAUUGCUAUGGGGACUGAAGGAGAUGUUUAUUUUAGAAGUGACCUCUGAGUAAGCUGUAUUUCAUGCAUCACUUUGCUAUUGACAAUGGAGGUUCUUUGCCAGUUUUGCUAAUGUGACCAAGCCUUAAACUACAAAUUGUAUAUUUAUAGAAAGCCAGAAUCCAUGAUUUGUGUUUGGUUGCCUGUGAGUGCGGAGCCACGCAGACAUCAUGUUAACAAGCCUCAUUUAACAAAGCAUGAACAUUGUUUAAAUAAAACAGAUCCUG